AAACAAUUGAGGUUAAAAUUUUACAAAAAAUUGCUCUCGCGAGAAACAUUUAAUUGAAGCAUAUUGAAUGUGUUUUAAAGGAUGAAAAUAAGAAAGUAAUGUGCAUAAGGACCACAUAAUAUUGAAAAACAUAAAGAAAAGCAUGUAAACAUUGAUUUUAACAGUUAUCAAGGAAUAAUUUUACAAAAAGAUACAGUAAAGAUCCAGCCAAGCCAAAGUGACAAAUUUAUGGCAUUUGUGUUGACAGGAACAGGCGAAUGAUAUUUGUGUAGAAUUUUUUAAUGGCUUCAACUAAUGAAAGUAACUCACUAUUAAGCAGUUGUAAUGAUAAGUCAAUGAGUAAAAAACAUUUAAAUGAGCAUGAAGAAACAAUAAAAAGUGAUCAAAUGGCAUCGAAAAAAUCAUUAUCGAACGAUGGAGAGGAGCAGAUUGCUAGUAUGGAUGAAAAUGAUUUAAAGAAUUUAUUGGAUGAAGCAUUGACAUAUAAGAAUCCACGAGAUGCAAAUGAGAAAAGUGAAACUUUCAAACGUUUACUUCAGAAUGUGACCGAAGAGGAAGAACAUAAAAGGAAAUUUGAGAGCAAUUCGCUUCAUUGGAAGGCACAAAGCAAUUCACUACAGAAUCUUCUUGAUGAAUCACAUUAUCAAUUACAAAAUCAUCAAUCUCAAAUCUCUAGUAAGAAACAUCAACAAAGACGUAAAAAUUCCACAUCUGUAUCGACGAGACGAUUAGAAGGAGGAAGUUUACCAGUUGACAUGCAUCAUUCAUCGGCCAUUCAAUCACCACCAGAUCAGCCAUUCUUAUCAGAAUUCAAGAACAAUAAGAAGCGUAAGGAGAAGCAACAAGCAAAAGAUACUGUGAUUGAUAUGCUUGAUAUUGAGACUGACGAUACUAGAAAAUCAUUUCAGAAAUGUCUGGAUCCAAAAACUAAGGAUACCACAACAUACCAAGACGGCAUGAUUGAACUGAAAUCUCUUCAUGCAAACCGCGUUGAAAUGGAAGUUCAAGAUCAAUCAUCUUCCAAAUUCACGACAGCUAAUAGCACGCCAAAUACAAUAACGACAAUUGCAUCAUUGAUGACGGGUAAUCCAAUUCCAACGAUCAUGUCAUCUAAAUCGCAAACAGUAGCAUCGACAAGUAGUGUCGAUCAAGUCAUACCAUUUUCAACGCUCGAGAAACCGAAAUCAUAUCAACAAGCCCAAACGAUGGAUUAUUAUAAUCCAUCUACAAUCAAUCAUAGUAAUAAUAUUCCUCUGACUGGAGGUGGCUCAUCAAAUUAUAGCUCAACUUCUUCUGAAAGAAAAUGUGCUGGCGGUGGAGUUAUUGAUCAGCAAGCAUUGCAAUUGCCAUCUGGAGUAGCCGUUAAUAGUGUCAUGGAUCCCAAAACAUUUUCCUAUCCGAAAUUCAAGACAGGGGGAGCAACUCGUGAUGAUGUUAGUUCAUUAAUUCAAACGACACCAUCUAUCUUACCAACAAGUCAUUCAUCCACAACAACAAGUAAUUCAAAGGAUAGCAAAGCUUCUAAGAAGCGUACAGCAAAAUCGGAACGAAAUGAAAAGAACAUUAAUGUUCAGUCGAUUGAGGGUUAUCGUGGAAACGAUACUCUUGAGGAAUUGCUUACUUAUAUUGAUGGACAGCAUAAUAAUGACGGAAAGGGUCAAAAGAAUCAUCCAAAGAAUGGUAUUGUUUCAAAUAAUAAUAAUAAUAGUAAUUUAAGUAAUAAUAAUAAUAAUAAUAAUAAUGAUAAACAAGCAAAUGAGCAAUUGUUAAAUGCUGAUGAUAAGAAGAAGAAAAUGGUCUCAAAAAAUAAGGAAAAGAUGAACAAGUUGAAGAAAUCUAAUUCAAUGGAUGAAUUAUGUUCAACGGGACGUCAACAGGAGAAGGAAAAGUCUUCUGUCGUUAAUUGUGCCGCCGUAGAAUCAUCAUCAUCAUCAUCAACUGCCAAUAAAAUUGUUCAAGACGUGACAUUACGUUCAAAGAAUAAUGCUAAUAAUAGUAAUUCAAAUAGUAACAUGACCAGUGGUGCCAAAAAAGUUGAAAAUAAAACGGAUAAAUCACAAACGAAACGAAAUGAGCGAAGAUCAUGGGGCACUGAAGGUUUAUGGCCGGAUACAUCAGCAGCAACAAAUAAUGAUAUUAUUAACUCAUCGAUAUCUACAAAUACAGUCGUCGUAGCCGCAACAGGUAAAUCCUCAGCAACCGAGAAUCAAGAUGAUAAUCAGGAGAAUGAGAGUAGUUCUAGUUCGAGUUCAAGUGGAGUUCAUAAUCUGGACUUUAUAACUUCUGAUCCUAUCAAUACGACAUCUAAUUUCGAAACGAUAAAUCCAUCAAGCGAAGCCGAUAAAUUUCAAGUGGUAAUUAAAAAGAAGAAGGUAAAGAGAAAAUCUAGCGAGAAUACUGACUCAAAAAGCUCUGUACAAACGACAUCGAAUAAUCUUCAAAGCUACGCUAUGCGUCGUGACGGGAAUUUUCGAGCUGGGACCAAAUCGAGUACUUCAAAUAGUAAUAACAACAACAACAAUAAUAAUAAUAAUAAUAACAAUAUGGGUGAAAACAGUCGUGCCGAUAAGAAUAAUGCAGCAAAUAAGAAUCCAUCGAAACAAAUGAGUCAAGAUGCCAAACAAAAUUCAAUUGGUAAGAAUCGUAGGAAAUCCACUUCCUCAAUGCCAGACGAAGACGGUGAAUAUUCUGACGGUGGCGAUUCCGUGCAAUCAUUGCCAAUUGAAACGACUAAACCUUUAUCGUCACUUCUUUCAGCUCCAACUAAUAACAACAAUACAAGUGCCGAAAAUUCAGGAAAAACGAAUAGUAAGAAAAAUAAUAAAUAUGAUAAUGCAUCAAAUAUCGCUUCAAAUCCCGUCGUCGUCUCACAAAUAUCGCCUUCGCAACAACAAAUUAUAUCCAUUCAACAGCAACAACAAAAACCAACAACAUUCUCAUAUGCUGAUAUCGCAAAAACAAACACAAAUAGAACGAAUAAUAAUAAUAACAAUGUCAUACCGGCAUCAACCGAAAAAAUGUGGCCUUCAAUUUCAUCAUCUUCAUCAUCAACCCACCAACAUAAUAAUAAUAAUAAUAACGUUAAUGAUCCGUUUGCAAUUUCUAGUUUUGAUGCCAUCAGCAGUAGAGAUAAUAAUUCAAAUAAUACAAAUAAUAAUAAUAAUUUAAAUAGUGUAAGCAACACUGCUACAAACUUAUCAUUAUCUUCGUCGUCAGCAACCAAACAACAACAAGUUAUAGUAAAUCAGCAACAACAGAAAUCGACACCACAAUUAAAGAAUACGAUGUCGUUCCCAGAACUAGUCGAAAGUAAUAAUAAUAGGAAUAAGCAACUAAAUAAUAAUCCAUUGGAUCUGACAUUCAAUGGAGAUGCUACACAGACUGAAAAAUCAUUAAAUGGAUUGGAAAGAGCCUUCGACAACAAUAAUAAUCCUUCGACAACUGCAACAACCUUCACCAUAACACAUGAUCGUCUAAAUAAUAUUAAUAAUAAUAAUAACAACGCUAAUAAUGCUAGCAAGAUAUCAUAUUCUCAAUCGUUAUUGGAAAAUCACAAUCAGGAGAUUGAUGCAAAUGGAAAUAACAGCAGCAACAUUAACACAAAAUUAGAAAAUGCAAUAACUGUUGCAACAACAGUCACGUCAAAUAACAACAGUAGCAACAAGAAUACAUUGACAAAGUCAAAGAGUGUUGAUCACAACAACUUAUCAAUUGAACAUUAUCCAGCAUUAGAAAAGACAAAGCAGACAUUGAGUGAUGUUUUAUCGAAACCAAUUGAAAGUUUAUCAAAUAAAGUCAUGAAAGUUAAUAUGAUUAAAGUUCAGCAUCAACCGCAACAACAGCAAAUACAAUUGAUACAAAACAAUAAUCCGGGUGUAAACAUGAUGAGAGCAACUGUUGAAACAAUAAAUGUAAAGGAUGAUAAUGGUAAUGGCACGAAGAAAAAGAAGGAUAAAUUGGCUCUUAGAAAGAGUACUUCGACAGUUUCGACAUCAACGAUGUCAUCGAAUCAACAAUAUUCCAAUAAUCUUCAGACAACACAAAUUAGCAACAAUAUUAUUAGUAGUAAUAAUAUUCAUCAUCAUAGUCGUCCAGCAGUCAUAAUCAUGAACGACUGCGAAAAAACAAGCGAUGGUGAGCUUGGCAUAACGUUUGGUUUUGACAUAAAUGAACAUUUAUUAUUUGGACAUCAUAAUGGUGAUGUAGUAAUGGCUGAUAUGGAUCAAAGCGUGGUAGAAAUGAAUUCAACUAAUAAAUAUGAUAAAAUUAAAAAUAACAGUAAUUGUGAUAUUAUGAAUACUAAUUUAUCAAGUAAUACAAUUAAUCUUAAUAAUAAUUUAACAAAUCAAUCGUGUGGAUUCGAAAUUUACGAGAAUUUCAUUUCAUCGCCGCCACAAAGUGUCAUUGAUCAUUCACAGCAGCAACAACAACAAAUGAUACAUCAAGUUACAAUCAUUCAAUCAUCACCCAAAAUAAAUUCUAGUAAUAAUAAUAAUUCGGUCAAGGAGAAUUCAACAAUAUUAUUGGACACAUCAAAUCAAUCAUUAAAUGAUUUAGGAUAUAUGUCAUCAUCCCUCAUUACAAACUCAACGACAUCACCUGCCAAUCAAAAAUUAUCAAAUGAUAUGCAACAGCAUCCGAAUAGUGAUAAUGUUAAUCAAUAUGAAAACGAGUUCGGUCACCAGACAUCUUCUUAUCCUAAUUCUAUGGAUUUAAAACAACGUAUGAAAUUAGAUGAAUUAGUUUCACGAUUUGUAUCACCUGAACCUGCAAAGAAUUUUAAUUACGACGAACUUGUCACAUUUGUUAGUGAAGAAUGGACCAAAGUUGAGAGGAACGGUGUUUACUUUAACGGUCAGUAGUGACAUAAUCGAGGAUUGUUCAUCAUAUUAAGGAGAAUAAUAAUAAAAAAAAAAUCACUUCAUUGUUAUUUAAAUAGGGCUUCAAUAAGAAAUAUUAACAAGAAAUUAAGAUUAAAAACCAUAAAAAAAAACUUUAAUCAACGUAAAAAUGUAGAAAUUAACUUAUGAAAUAUUUCAUCAUGCUAGUAAAUACUCUUGGAAUUUUCUUCGCCUAUUCAGGAUAAUGUUUAUUGAUUCGAUGAUGUAGAACUAUAUCAUAAAAAAAUACUAAAUUUAAGAAGGAAACGAAAUUUAAAAACAAAAAAAAAUAAUAAGAAUGUGUCCGAGAGUGAUUUAACAAAAAAUAUGAUUCAAACUAGAUUUGAAAUCUAAAUGAUAAUGAAAAAAAAAAACUAUUUGAAAACUAAAAAAUUGAGAAAAAACUUACUUAAGAAGUGUUUUGUGCAUAAAUUAAGUAAACAUUCAAAGGAAGAGUUGGAAACAUUUGAAAUAAGGAUUGUGCGAAAAAGAUGAAGAUUGAAAUCAGAAUGGUUAGAAAAGGAUAUAAAAAUGAAAAUAGUUGGUUAUUACAUAUAAAAAUUAGCUAGUUCUUAAAAAUAACAAUAACUUUGAAGAAAAAAAAAAUCCUUUAAGUAAGUAAUAAUCGCUAAAGUAUGGUGCAACGCGUAUUAAAAAUAAUAAUUAUUAUCAUGUGUAAUUGUGUGUUGUGCUGUGUCAACAAAAAAGAGCAACGAAAGCAUCUAAAUUCUAUUGCAAGUAGGAACGAACUCAUGGAUUGAGAGUUAUGCAUCCUUUUUAACGAAACAUCAAAAAUGAAAUAUGGAAGAAUAGUCAGCAUGAGCUCAUGGAUUUAAGCAAGACACGUGAAAAUGUGAUUAAAAAAUUUGAAGGGAAAAAUGUACGAAGAAAAGAAAAACUGACAUGUCGGUAAUGUAGAUUUUAAUUGAUUUUUCAUUUUAUUUUAAAUUUGCGAGAAACUUAUAACUAUUAAGUUAGAUUUAUUCUCUCUUAUCUCUGUAUCCAAUACUUUUUUUACAAUUACUUUAUAUGUAUGGUCAUAUCUUGUUGUAAAUUCUCUUCUUUAUUUCUGCCAGAACGAAUGUUUAAAUCUUAAGAUAAUCUUCAAUUUGUAAUCUACUUUACGAGUAGCAUUUAAUUUCCCACUUUCGACAAUUAUUUUUUUUUCAUAAAACAACAGAAUCAUAAAAUAAUAAUAAUAAUAAUAAUAUUUUAUAUAAGAUCAAUUGAUUGGGCUUAUGAGAAUGGAAAACAAAUAAAUUUGAAGGAUGUAAUUAGAAUAAAAAUGCUUUCUUCUUUUUAAUAUUUUUAUUUUUCAUUAAUAAUCACAUUUAUUUAUUGAUGACACUAGUUGUCAGUGCAUUUUGUGUAGCUUUUCAUGCAAUAUUCUGCGUCAGUGAUGAAAAUGUGAUGAGUAUUUUAAUUAGUAAUGUCUUAUGUGACGAGGAUUGAGCAGUUUCGAUAUCUGAAAUUGACAGAAAGAUGCAACUUUAAUGAGACAAUUGGCAUAACUCAGAAUUGUACACAAUUGAUUGUAAACAAAUCUUUCUCAAAAUAGCUAAGGUACACUUCCGUCAGUGCUAAGACCUUGAAAAGAACAAUUUAUUACACAGCAUUCAUAUGUUAUGCAUGCACUAAUGUAAUUGUCGAUUUAAAAUGCAAAUUGAGAGUUUAAAGAAUUCAUCGCAAUUGAUUUAGGGAUUUUUAAACGAUCCUCAGCAGCGUAAAUAGAUUAAUCGAAAAAGUAGAAAAGAAAAGUUAAUCCUUGUCUCAAUUUCAGACAAUAAAUUACACUCAUUAAAUUUUCAUCGUGGCUAAAAAAUCAUGAUGAAUGAAUAUCCGUAUGAAAAUACGCAAAAACACAAACAAUUGCCAUUUGGCAUCAAUAUACAUACUCGGAAUGAUGAAUGCAGUAUGCAAAUGAAAUUAAUGAUUAUUUUAAUUAUAAUCUUUAAUUUCGUGAUCUCUUAAUGAAUUGGUUUUCAUUGAUCAUUGUUGAAUGCAAUGAUGCAAUGCAAAAUGUGAAGGUCUAAAUUGUGAUAAGAGAUUAUUUUCUCUGUCUUGCAGGCGUCGUUACAUUGCAUCAUCAAUAUAAUAGCUCUUGAUGCUUGAAAUAAAUGAAAUCUUUCUUGAUAAUUGUGCGAAAAAAAAAAUUUCCAAAACAGAGUUGUGACUCAGUCUGCGGCUUCAUUUUUUUUUUGCUGUCCUUUUCUGUCUGCUCUUUUCGUAGAACACAUUAAAUUUGAUUAAAUAAUAAGGAUAUGUCUUAGCUAGUGAUUGUAGAAUUUUAGGGUAGAUCCAAGGACAUGCCUUUUUUGCUUACAAGUGAACAAGUAACUUAAAAGCUAAAGUGAUUGGUAUUUAUAAAGUCAGUAGAAUGCAAUAUGGUUAGGAUAAGAUUCUCUUAGACACAAAACAUUGAUUUUUCCAGUACUUUGAAAUAGUUUUUAAAUUGUCGUUAGAGAAUUUAUUGCUGCAGUUUAUCGUAAAUGUUGUGAGCAUUGUGUAAAUCCUUGUCAUAUCC